UAUAUAUAAUAUAUAUACACAACUUCAAAAUAUCCCAACACCUCUUUUUACGAAAUACCUCACCCCCUUGACCUCAAAUGGACUCUUUGAAUGCGCCCGUUGAGAGUGUCGCUGCCCAGCGCGUGGUCAGCGAAAUUAGCGCCGAGGGCACAGUGGUCCUGCAGCCGACGCCCACAGCGCAGGACCAAAUGAGCCAGCAAAUCGCUCAGCUGUGGGAAAUGCACACCAAUUUCCAAGGCCUCCCAACGCCCGAUUCCGAUUCAGACACCAAUGAAGAGCAAGAACACGAGCACGAGCACGAGCACGAGCACGAAUACAAACACGACAGCGAAAGCGAAAGCGAAAAUCAAAAGCCAGCGACGGAUUCCACCAACGACAGCCUCGACGCCUACGCCGUCCACGAGCAUCUGACGCUGGCACAGUCGGAAAUCCAAGUGUCGCUGGACAUUGUGCGGCUGCUGCUGGCCGCCAAAAAGCAGGCGGCACGUGAAGAAGCGCUCCAGACGCAGACGCAGAUGCUGCGCCACGACCAAGCGCAGCGCCUGGCGCCAUCGUUCAACGCGCUCGUCGGCAGCGGCAGCGGCUCUGCCGACGAGGUGCAGAUCGGCGGGCUGCCGUUUGCUGUCGGCGUCUUGGACACGGUGCGCACCGAACGGCGACCGGCGGCAGCCGCCGGAGCCACGCAGUUUGUGCUGGGCGCCAAGCACCGCCAGCUACACGAGGCCGCGGACACGCUGGAGGCCAGCGCCCGGCGGUUGCGCGAAAUGGCCGCGCGUGAGGCGCGCUUUUGGCGCACAGCCUUUGGCCUGCGCCGCCGCAACUGGGUGGUUCUGCACCAGAGCCAGGUCAACUCGGCAGUCCGCGACGACCGCUACUUUGUCAAGUUUGGCUUUGCCGACUGCGGAUCGUCGGCCGCAGAGCCAGCGCUGGCCGAGAUCCUGCGCACGGAGGACGCCACUGAUGAGCCGCUGUUUAUUCCCGGCGCCGCCGACCGCAGACGCGUGCACGUUGCGCUUGUGGCCGGAGCCGGUGCUGGAGCCGGCUCUGGAUCCACAACCAGUGUCGGGUCCAUAACCGGCCCCAAUGCCGGCGCCGUGGGCUCGCACGAGCGGCUGCUGCGUGCGCGCGACGCCGUGUUUGACCGCGAGCUCUACCACAGGCUGUGCCGCGAGGCGCGCCUGCUGGAGCUGGGCUCCAUCCGCGCCAUUGCCUCGGCAUCGUCUGAUUCCCCCGCUAUGGCUGCGCGCGAAGCCCUGGUCACUGCGCUGAGCCGGGACAACGCCGCUGAGCAUUUCGAGUGGACGCUACACACGCCCGCUGCCUUCAAUGCCGAUGCUGCACCUGGCCCUCUGCAAACCCACGCUAGCCGCUCCUUGCCCGAGUGGCAGCGCAAGCUGUACGCCUCAGUGGCCCUGGUCACCGCUGCCAUGCAUCAGCGGAGGCAGCACCGCGAGGCCAAAGCGUACCAGCUCGGCCACGCGCUCUCAAGCCGCGCACUCACCGCACACCGUGGCACGUCCUCUCUGCCCGACGCCUUUGCUGACUCCAGCGCAUCCCAUAACCAAUCCAUCACCCCGUCUGGUUCCUCCGCUGAUCCGGCAUGUGCUGGCAUCGGCACGCAGCGCGCCUGUGCGGCGUGGCGCCGGCUCGUGGACGAGCCGAUCGAGGUGAUCAGCCAUUUUGGACGCACAUUCCGCACGCCCGCUUGCGGCCAGAAGCGCACCGCUGAUGGGCUGUUGGUGGGCGCGAUGAGCGCCCAGGAGAUGGCCGAGUGGCAGCGCUUUUACUCUAUUGGAUCGGCGCGUCGCGGGUCCGCAGCGGUAAACGGCGGCAUGGCGUAUGUCGUAAGGAUGCGCUUCCAGGGCGGCACCGUAAUGGCCAUUCGCCUGGACUCCCAUGGGUCACUGUUCUUCGCCAAAGGAUAUUUCCCUCCGCCUGCCAGUACCGCACCAAUGUCACCUGGGCUAGCUGACACUGAUCCGUGCCAGAAGGCCUUGGCAAACUCAGAACAGAAGCUCAUCCACAGGGUUUUCCGCAUUGUGCCUUUAGCUGGCCUGCCUGAAUUCCUUGAUCAGCUGCGCCGCGAACUGCAGUCACUAGUCUUGCUGCGCGUAGCUGCUGCGCUUUCGCGCUGCUCAUAUCGCCGCAUAGGCAAGCAGUGUCAGAUGGGCCAAUGGUAUGUGCAUCAGUCGCAAUUGUGUGUUGUCGGCGAGUGGUGGCAGGGCGCCCGUCAUCGUCAGAUUAUUGGUGUGGCUAAAUGGUCCUCUUCGCCACUAUUACCGGAUAAUGUUGAUUCUUAUGCAGAGGGCUCGGAUCUCGAGGGUGAGAAUGAGCGUGAGUGGGAGUUGACUUUGUAUUUUGGUCCGAAGCAUCCGACUCAGUUUGAUUUGCCGCUUGGUGCUGCCGCUAAUACUGCAAAGGGCGAAUUGAGGAUUCCUUGGACCACUUGUUAUCCGCCACCUAGCCCGGAACACAUGCCACCAUUGAAAACCUUUGAAGAGCGGCUCUUCAGCCUAUUGGUUUCUGCAUUUUAAAAAAUUAUUGUUUUUUAAUAUUCAUUUGACUUUAUCA